UCAAACCCGGUUCGCGGAAGUAAAUAGGCGUUUAGACGCCUGUCAGCUACUAAUACACGAUUAUUUAAACCCAUAACAAACUUAUAUUCUCAGAAACAUUUAGAAUAAAGUGAUGCUUAAGAACUGGGGAGUCUGGUUGGGUCAAGGAAACAAAAAUGUCGAAGUUUCAGAAGAACUCGAGCAUGUUGAUAAGAGGAGGGACAGUGAUGAAGAAAAGCAAACCGUUACAUGUGAAAAACACGCUGAAGCCCCCCCACUUCUUCAGAAAGCUGAAAGUUUUAGCAAGAGCAUGAUCAGUUUGGCCAACAAAGCCUCUAAGAAGCUGACUGAGACCAUGUUAGAAACAGCAGAGAGUCUGAGGAAAAGCGUGGAGGAGGGCAAACUAAACCAGAUUAUUGAUAACAGCAUGCUGGGGGAUUUUCAGAAAGAGCAGCAAAGGUUUGUUCUUGAGAGAGAAGCUAAAAAAGUGGGUGCGGCUGUGCCACCAUGGGUUGGUUACGAUGAAGAAGACAUCAUGCAGGAGCAAAUUUUAGCCCUCUCAGCUGACAGGAGGAAUUUUCUUCGAGACCCCCCCGCCGGCGUCCAAUUUCCCUUUGACCUUGAGCAGUCCUAUCCCGUCGCCUUGGUGAUGCUGGAGGAGGACGAGCUCCUCAAGAAGAUGCGUUUCCAUCUGGUCCCCAGAGAGGUGAAGGAGGAAAGAUUCUGGAGGAAUUACUUCUAUCGAGUGUCUUUGAUUAAACAGUCAGCUCAGCUCACGGCCCUAACAGCACAGCAGGCUUCAGAGUCUCACUCAGAUCCAGUUAAACGUCAGUGCCCUCCAGUCACACAAAAACCCAGACAACAUAAGGAUGAAGCGAAGGUCUCCAUCAGUUCACCUGGGUCUGAAUUUAUAAGCAGUGCUUUGAAAUCCUCAGCAAUAAAUAAAGAGGAUCUGGCCAAACGUACAGAGCUUCUGGUCUUAGACAAAAAAGAACAUCCGCAGGAAAAGCAGGAUGAUAUUCCUAAAUGGGAGAGAGAGCUGCAGGAGGAGCUGGAGGAGUACGACGUGUUGGCAGAGAAUGAGAUCCAGGAUGAGGCCUGGGACAGAGAGAUUGAAGAGAUGCUUCAUGAGGACUUUGAGAAAAUCUGACAUCCUAAACAGCUUGAUGAGGACAAUGAUGGAGAGGAACCAUGUAAUAUAGCAAGGUUUUUGAUGUGACCAUCAGACAAACUUGCACAGAAGACUUGACCACAUUUGGACCUUGCAUUUGAUGAAGUCAGGUGUGUUCAUUAGUUUAAUGCCAUAUUAUUAGCCUCCUUCAAUAAUCAAAGAAAGAAAACCUGACAUUGAGAUAUUUAUACUUAAACAUUUUCAGACAACAAUCUGUGUAUCUGAGAUUAAUGGUGGUUACAUGUUGCAAGAUGUUUUAUCUAGAAUGUUCAUCGGGGCAGCGUCUGUCUACAAUGACAAAAAUCAGUGUGUAUAAAUGGUUAAAAUAGUGAAAAACACCGGACCUUACCUCAGGAACAAACCCAAACCUGGAAGCCACAACUGAUGAUGGACCGACUGCAACCAUGUGCAGCAUAAAGAUGUUUUACAACAUUUUGAAUAAAUUGACCUCACAAAUUUUAUGGAGUUCGAAAGUCAGUUCAAUUGAGGGCAAAUUUUAACUCACUGCGUGAUAUUUGUACUUAUUCU